AUGGAACCAAAGUCGGAAAGGGGAGAGGUUAAACCCAAAGUCUACAGCUGCGAAGUAUGUAAGAAAUCAUUUCGUAACCCCGCGGAAUUGAUAGUUCACUUGCGAGUCCACACUGGGGAGAAGCCAUAUGGAUGUGAACUUUGUGCGAAAAGAUUCUCCCAGAAGUCGGGUGUGAAGAGUCACAUGGUCAGACAUAAUGACGCCAGACCGUUCAAGUGUGAUGUAUGUGAUCAGGCGUAUAAACUAAAGAGCAACCUUCAGAAACACUCAAAGCGCCACACAGAUGGAAAGCCAUACCAGUGCCCUGUGUGCGAGAACAGAUUCGCAGUUUCCCGGAACUUGAAGGAACACAUGAAAAUGCACCCGGAACUGACGACCUACAAGUGUGAUAACUGUUCAAAGACUUUCGAAUCUAAAGCUGCAUGUGAUAAACAUAAAGCAUCACACCAUAAAGAGGCUUUGCCUGUGUGUGAGCUUUGCAGCAAGUCUUUCGCUGAUGCGGAUGUUCUGGGCAAACACAAGUUGAUACACGACAAGGAAUGUUUCAGAUGCGGGAUCUGUGAGGAGACGUUUAACAGCACAGGGGACCUGUACAAACACAUUCGUGCACAUAUAGGAUACAAGAAGGGAGAUUCUGUGUUUGGUUGUGGGUUAUGUGAGCGGACGUAUACUCAGUGUUCCCGCCUGACAGAACAUUUGGAGUCUCAUACCGGGAUACAUGCAUACGAAUGUCUCCAGUGUGACAAGACCUUCUCCUCCGCCGCUCAGUUAAAUCGCCAUGUUUAUGUUCACGCUGACGACAAAGCUUUUGUAUGUGGAUACUGCUGCAAGUGUUUCUCAACAGCGGCCUACUUAAAAAUACACAUGGUUGUGCACAUUGACGUCGACAUGGUCAAGGCCUUAACUUGUCCCGUGUGUGACAAGAUAUUUCGUCUGAAACACACCUUCAACACACAUAUGAAAGUACACUCUGCCCAGAAACCUUUCCAUUGUCUGGCGUGA